UUUGAUCCCUACCAGAGGCCAUCAGUCGCGCGAUUUGUCUUGGCGUCAUCCCCUUUCUCCGCCUUCUUCCGCUCCAUUCUUGCAUCCUCGCUACUUCUGUGCAUCCUCCUUCUUGCUCUCCUCUUGGUUCUCUUCGUUCAGGUAGUUUCGUUCCUCCCCUUACUCCGCUACACACUCCAGCUUUGGGUCUUCCUCAACACUUUCAAGGCAUUCAUCUAUCCUGAUUCAUACGCUCGCAUCGAUUUGAAAGACUGCUGUCAUUCUGAUUCCAGCUGUAACAAGUUGCUUUCUUGGCUCCGAGUGCGGAUCUGGUUGAUGCAAGUGUUGACAUCUCCUGUGGACGUGUGAGAUCUUCGGAUUGCUUUCCAACUGUUACACGUGUAGCGGAGAUUGUCUUGUUUUGGCAACAUGAUACAAAAACUAUAUGGCCGUACCGACAAGUUUCUUAGGGAUCGAAUGCAUUGGAAAGCGCCGGCUCGGGCUCUGUUCUUCUACUAUAUCCUUCAAUUCUACGAGCAAGUGCUGGCGGUAGUCCCCAUCACCUUGUGCCUUGUGAUCACCAUCGGAAUCUACUUCCAGCGCACCGUCAACUCCCCCGGCACCUUAGCUGGAGGCCUCAUCUCCGCCAUGGUCGGCCUUGUUCUCUUCGUCGAUGGCCUCCGCGUCGCCAUCAUGCCGCUGGGCAGCCUUCUGGGCCAGCAGCUGCCGGAGCAGUUCAAGGUGAGGUACAUCCUGGUCGUCGCAUGCGCCAUCGGCAUCCUCGUCACGUAUGCAGAGCCUGCGAUUGCGAGCUUGAGGCCUCUUGCCAACCUGGUGAAGCGAUGCGACACCCCCUACCUUUUCUUCGUGCUCAACGAUAUGUCGGAGAUCCUCGUCCUGUCCAUCGGGCUGGGGGUUGGGGUAGCGGCGAUGAUCGGGGUGCUGAGGUUCCUUAGGAACUGGUCCCUGAAGCCGCUCAUCGCCCUUGGCCUCUCCCCCACCAUCGCGUGCGCGUGCUACAUGAAGUGGGGCAAUCCCGAGCUAUCCCCUCUGAUUGGGUUGGCGUGGGACUGCGGGGCAGUGACGACAGGGCCGGUGACCGUCCCGAUCCUGCUCUCUCUCGGGAUCGGUGUGAUGAAAGGGAGCGCGGCGAGAAGGGACGCCAGAGACGGCUUUGGGAUUAUAACGCUGGCGUCUACGUUCCCUAUCCUCGCAGUGGAGCUGAUGUCAAUCUUCAUCUCGCUGCGGUACUCGUCGGAGGACAUCAGGACAGACUUCGGGAAGAUCGACUGCUCGCAGCUCAACGGGACGGAGACUGGACUGGAGGUGAAGGAGACAGAUGCGCAGCUCGUGCUGAGCGCUUUCACCUUCGCCAUCCGCUCCAUCCUGCCCCUGAACGUCUUCCUGAUCAUCAUGAUCGUCUUGGUGCUGUGGAAGCCGCUGCCCAAGAUCUCUUCUCUGCUGCUGGGCAUCCUGGAGUCUCAGAUGGGCAUGACGCUCUUCAACAUCGGGCUCAGCUUCGGUUUCACCGCCCUCGGUGACCAGAGCGGAGUCCUCCUCCCCUCCGCCUUCCUCGAGACCAGUAGCUUCCCCGGCUCCCCCUACUACGCCAAGGGCCCCGGCAUCGCCAUCGUCAUGGUCACCAUCUUCGUCCUUGGCUUCCUCGCCACCCGCGCAGAGCCCGCGCUGCGGGUGAUGGGAAAGACGGUGGAGCUUCUGAGCGGGGGACAGUUCGGCGCGAACAUGCUCGUGUACACCGUGUGUGUGGGAGUAGGAUGCGGGAUGGUAGCAGGGUCCUCCAAGAUUCUCUUCGGGGUCAACAUCAUCUACAUGAUCCUUGGCAAGUACGCGGCUGCCUCCCUCCUCACCAUCUUCGCCUCCGAGGACUUCACCAACAUCGCCUGGGACAGCGCCGGAGUUACCACGGGCCCCGUGACCGUCCCGUUCGUCCUCUCCAUCGGCAUCGGCUUCUCCAAGGCCACCAGCGCACAGGAGGGGUUCGGCAUCCUCACCUGCGCCUCUGUCGCCCCCAUCAUCACAGUCCUGCUCACUGACAGGCUGCGGACCAUGUACGGGCAGGCUGUGAAGGCCUACGUGCAGAGGAGGUUGUCGCAGAUGCGGUCGGUGGGCGUGCAGUGCGAGCCUGAGGAAGGGAAGGAGCUGUUGGAGGACGGGAAGAGGAACGGCGGAGAGGAGGCGGAGAAGGAGUGGAGAAAGCUGGUCGACUCGAGCACGCAGUUCGAUAUGGAGGACCUGGAUGAGGUAGACGUGGAGGACGUGUGGGUGAUAGAGGCUGCUUGUUGAGGAGGAGAAGGAGCGCGAAGUUUGCUGUGUUGAAGGAGCGAUCAGGGGGAAGGAGGGAGAUCUGGGGAGGAGGAAGGUGAGGGGAUGUGCGAGUGAAGGAUAUGGUCUAACAAGGCGGAUUUGAUUAGAGAAAGAAAGAGGAGGGAGAAGAGGAGGAGGAGGAGGAGGAGGAGAAAGAAAUUCGAGCAGCAAUAAAUUCUUCAUUCUAUUC